CUACAGCUAGACUGUAGUAUAGCUCCUAUCGUACUAUUACCUCCUGAUUCAGACUUAGAAUACUCCGAUCUAGGCCCAGAAUACUCAGAUAAGUCUAAUAUUAAUAGUAUUUUUAAUAAUAAUAAUUAUAAGUACUCUGAAUAUAGGAGUAAUAUAACUAUCUUUAAAGAGUUUUCUGAUAAAGAUAAAAAAGUAUUCCAGCUAUAUAUUAAAAGGGCUACCGGAGAUAAGAUUAACCUAAAAUUAAACCAGAAGAUAUAUAGAGCUCUUAGAGACCUAGCUAAGAAGUAUAGACUUAGUAAUAAGAAUAAGACCUUUAUAGUUCCUAAGAAUUUCUUUAAUCCUUUACUAUUCCUCAGCCCUUAUAUCUACCUUUUAGGUAUCCUGUUUUACUAUCAGGUAUUUAAGGCUCUAAGCCUUACCUCUCCCGAUAAGCUAGAUAUACUUAAUAUCUAUACAGGAGAAAAGGAGCUACUACUACCUUUAAAGAAAGAAUUCAAUAACUACUUAGUAUUCUGCUAUACUAUAAAGAUCCUUAUAGAAUAUACUAUUUCUAUAGAUAUACCUAUUAUAUAUAGAAUAAUAAUUAUACCAACUCUAUCCCGUUUUAGAGAUACUACCUCAGCCGAGAAAUCAAUACGGAUAUAUAGGCUAUUCUCCGAGAUCAAAGGCUACAGCAGGUAC